CAAUUCCGCGUUCGUCCGAAGGCACGGGCGCGCAGCCAGAGACGAACUGUGGGCGCGGCGCGGUGCAUAAUGGAAGUGCGUCCCGGUUAGAAACAAACAAACGCGUUGGAUAUAGCGGCCAGUCGGAGGAUUAUUCGCGAGAUCAGCAUAGAAAAACAGUGCCCGCGAGCCGCUUCGAUCGAGCGGCUCUCGAACGGGAGCGCAGCGCGCCUUCCAGCGGUCGGCUUCAAUGGACAGCUCGGCAUUGUCAAAUCAGUCGAUUUAGAGUCGAAUUGUAAUCGACGCUGCCGGAUACGGGUCGGGCGGCUCUUUCAGCAGCGACGUUCGCGUUGUCGGGGCUCGUUGUUGCCAGCGAUUACGCCGACGUCGUCAACGUCAGCCGGUCAAAGUGUUCCGGGGAUAAAAAAGGCAGACGAGUGGCGGCUGUCGCGACACGACACCUGUGCGCGCACGCGGAUGUCGCGAAAUUGAAAAAGGAGGGGCGGGGACGGGGAGAGGCCGCAGUGUCAAGGCCGCGCCGACGGCGUCCCGCCGCGCGCAAUCGAUGCGAGCCCUUACCCAAGACGCUGGCUCGGCUGCACCGGCGCAGUUGCCACGGGAGCCCGGCCCCGCGGCCCCUUCGCGGUUCGCCACUGGCGAGCGCGGUCCAGUGCGCCGCGCGCCUCCGCUCGCGGCACGAGAGCCCACCGAUGACGUCGUCGACCGGCCGCCGCAAGACCAGCUACACGCGGCUGUUGGCCGUCUGGCUGCGCCGGCUGGGCGACGUCCGCGCCGCGAGUUGGCUGAUGGACGUGUUUCAGGGGCCGAGCGCGCAGCAGCAGCAGUCAGCGGCGAUGGCGAUGGCGAGCCAGCCCGCGGGCGGCUCGGGCCCGCUGAGCUUCAUAGGCUGCAUGAGAGAGGCCUCGCCACCGCCGCCGCCGCCGCCGCCGCCGCCGCCGCCGCCCUUCGACGACCAGCCCCGGCAGCAGCAGCAGCAGCAGCAGCAUCAUCAGCAGUCCCGGCAGCAGCCCCAGAGGCCGCGGGCCCUGCCGCCCAAUCACCGCGCCUUCGACUCGACGCCCAAAGAGCCGAAGAAGCGCCGCUUCCACCCGCUGCGCGGCCUCAGGCGCAUCUUCCGCAAGAAGAGCCGGGGCGCGGCGGACUCGCGGCCCCCCGACGACGAGCCUGGCGCCGAGGCGGCCGCGCCGGCGACUCGCCACGACCGGCAGGAGGCGACGCCGCGGCCCGACGAGAUCCGCAGCCGCAGCGCCAGUGAGCUGCUCACGGACGCGUGCGACGAUCCAGAUCGACCGUUCCCGCGCCACCGGGGCCUCGGCGAGUCCUUCGCCAGCCUGCAGCGCAACAGCGCCCAGCUGUCGGUGUCGCACGACAGCGUCUUCCCCGGCGAGGCGGCCCACGCGCGGCCCCUCUGCGCCCUGGACGCGCAGCCCAGCAGCAGCAGCAACGGCAGCAGCCUCGAGAACCGCUUCUCCGGACGGGGCAAGAGCGCCAGCAGCGGCGGCACUGUCGCCGAGGACGCACAAGCAGCAGCUUCGCGGAGGGACGAGCCCGCGCCGCCGAGCGGCGCCUCGCUCGCCGAGGGCCCGCCCGGCUCGCCGCCCAGGCAGGAUUUACCCGAGCUGAAGAGCGGCCAGCUGAGCCACUCGGCGGCACUGCAUCGGAUCUCGGUGCGCCCGAGGAACCGACGACCGCCCCGGCGCGGCAACUCCAGCGGCCCGCCGCGCCCGGAUGGCGCCUCCGAGGACUCGAGCGACGCGCCGGACAGCCUGGAAGGCGCCCCGGACGGCGAGGUCGGCGCCAGCCCAGCCGACCGCAGGCCUGCGCCCGUGCUGCGCCAGUCCUCGAGCGGCUCGAGGAGCUCGACCGCGCCGGAGCCCGAGGGGCCGCCCGCUGCGCGGCGGCGCACCACCGCCGCCGCCGCCUCGCCCGACAGCCUCGAGGCCGGCCUGGACGCGAGCCCGCCGCCGCCGCCGCCGCCGCCCGCGGAGCCCGGUGAGCCGCCCCGGCCCUCGCCGAGGAGCGCGGAGCCGCGUUCGCCCGGGCGCGGGCCCGCCGCCCCCGGCCGGCCCUGCCGGUCGCCCGACAGCCUUGAGGGCGCCGCUCCGCCCGACCGCCUCAGCAAGUCCAGCGAGGGCUUCGACAAGCUCUCGGACCCGGAGGACGCGUCGAGCACCGGCAGGCCGGUGCCCGCCAAGCGCCUGCUGCUCCAGCCCAUCUCCAAGUCGCAGGAGCGCGUCUGCUGCGCCAGGUCGUCCGACAGCCUGGAGGCGGCGCUGCGGGCUCUCGAGGCCGGCGGCGACGCGCCGGGCGCCGCGGAGCGGCGGCGCAGCAGUUUCGAGAUCGGGCCCGGGGCGCACAAGCCCGUGCACAAGCUCAUGUCCAAGUCGACCGAGUGCUUCGAGGCGACGCUGCACGAGCGCCAGGCGCUGCGCCGCGCCCGGCCCGGCGCCGAGCUGGACAAGCCCGCCAGGCCGAGCCUCUCCGAGGUGAACCUUUCGCGGGGUGGCAGCCGGCGCGGCAAGCUGCUGCUGCUGCUGCUGUCCAAGUCGUCCGAGAGCUGCGACGCCGCCGCGGGCGCGCCGCCCGCGGCCCAGGACCGGCCGCUCGACGGCUGCUGGAGGCCGAGCCGCCGGCCCCUCCACUCGUCCGAGAGCUCCGACAACCCGGAGCUCGACGACACCUGCCGGCUGGAGCAGCGGGCCAAGGAGCGCAGGCGGUCCGCGGCCGCCGGCUGGGCGCUCGGCGCCGCCGGCUCGCCGGACGAGCAGCGCAGCGCCGUCGGGCCGCGGCGGAAGCUCGAGGCCGGCAGCAGCCUGCAGCGGAGCUCGGAGAGCUCGGAGCUGGGCAGCACCGACACCCUCGACUCCGAGCGGCGGAACACCGCCAAGUCGUCGGACAGCGAGGAAACGCUCGACAGUCUGGAGCGGGAGCUGCAAGAGCAGCCGGGCCACCACUGCUCGGAGCUGGACAGGCGCGACGAGGAGACCACCGAGAGCAUCCUCGAGAGGCGCGAGAAGCUCGGGAGCGAGCAGCCGGAGCACGACCGGCUGGGCUCGUACUGGCGACGACGCGCCGACUCUCACGAGUCCAGGGACUCCGGCAACCUGGACAUCCAUCAGCUGCUGGCCUACAGCCUGGUCUCGCGCAUCGCCCAGGAGAACGGCAACAACGACAACGUCCACCGCAAUAACCAGCAGCAACACGAGGAGGAUAAGGCCUCGUCGAAGACCGUCGGCUCCACUCCGCUGCUGGUCUACCCCAAAAAGAAACUGCACCAGCAGCACAGCCAGAACCAGCAGUCCAGCUCCGAGGAAAACAAGACUCUGAGCUCGACGAUCAACAAUCUUCUCUCGUCGCCGAACACGGACGAAGAUCUGCAGAAUAUGCUUAACGGCAAUAUAUCCGAGGUGUCGACCGACACCAAAAGCUUCAAGGAAAAACUCAUCAUGUUCGAGAAACUAGGCAAAUGAGCCGAUUAUGGAUUAUUGUGAGAUUUUUCAUUAAUUCUUCUUGUUUCUUCGAUCGUUUAUUUUCCUUGUCAUAUAGAGGUUACUGGUGCUGCACUCAAUUCGCUCAAUCGCUAUUUUCAUUUUUCUUGUCUACCUUGGCAAAUCACCUUUUAAUGCACAGUAUUAUACAAAUCGCGAGACGACACUCGCAAAGAAAAAAUCACACUCAAAGAAUGAAUGACAAAUUAGAUAUUUUGUUGAGAUAUUUUCAGAGCUUUUUCUUUACUAUCAAACUAAUGUGCUUUUUCAAAAUCUUCGAUUGUACCAGUUCCAAAUAAGUCUGUUAUAAUAACAAAAUGUAGAACAGACUGUGUAAACAUUUAUAUUGAGUUAUGAAGUUUAAAAUUAUAUGUAUAUGUGUCGCAAAAUCUUUAGUUACUGUUUAGCUGCGAAAAUUGCCGUUUUGAAAGUCUAUCACGUUGAGUUUUACAAAUACGUUGUUGAUAAAAUAUAUAAAUUAUCGGUCAAUUACUUCGGUUCACGAGUGUUUCCAGUGAAAUUUUAUAUCAUUCACUAGUAUGUUUUGAUAAAUUCUAUACGAAACAAACAUUUUCCUGUACGAUGUGUUAAACUUCAAUUGAUUGUUAAUAUUUUACAUAAUAACUAACAAAGUGUUUCAUUAACAUUGUAAAACGUUUGUUUUUUGAGAUUUACAUUUGACGCUUUUUGCCUUAAGUUCUUUUUGGUUUUAAGUAUUCGACGCUAUCCAAUUUUUUUCUAUUACAAAAGCCGAGAUAAAGGUGGCUAUUUCUAGAGCCGUUAACUCGUGUGUACAGUAGUUCAGUUCACAUUUAGUAUACCUGUACGUAUGUACUCGUAGUAUCGUAUUAUUUUUCUGUAAUGUUUCUCUUUAUUUUGUAAAUAGAUGACCUCGUGUAAUGUUCUUUUACUGUGUAAUGGCGUAAGACAACUGCUAACGAACUAUAAACCUAACAAAAAUUAAAAAAAACGAACGAUUUUCGACGAAAUUAUUAAGCCUCAAGUGCCUUACACACGAGCUCGAAAAAUCAGAAAAGUGAUGAAUGAAGAGCGAGUUAAAAAAAUUAUAAUGUUAGUGAUAAUCAUCUAUGAAUAAUAGAUCUCUAAACAACUAAAAAUGUAGAGCUUAGAAGUUUAGAACGACCAUUGUUAGAAAUUACAAUUUUGCCGAUUUUUUUAUGUAAAUAAAGCUGCCAUCGCUAUAAUACGUUGACUUAUUUG